AUGCCUGUUGUUUUAUCGUGUUUUGGAUUUUUCAAGGAUUGCGAGAUUUACGAGUUUUACGAGGAUUACAAAGUUUACGAGGAUCAUACCACACAAAUUUCUGACAUUCCUAUAGUUCGGGAGUAUCCUGACGUGUUUCCAGAAGAAUUACCCAGCUUGCCUCCAAAAAGGCAAGUGGAGUUCAUGAUUGAGUUGAUUCCAGGGACAACACCGGUAUCAAAGGCUCCGUAUCGCAUGGCACCUAAAGAAUUGGAGGAGCUAAAAGUACAAUUACAGGAGCUGCUGGAUAGAGGGUUUAUCCAUCUUAGUGUGUCUCCAUGGGGAGCUCCGGUACUCUUUGUGAAAAAAAAGGAUGGAUCGAUGAGAUUAUGCAUCGACUAUUGGCAGCUGAAUGUAGUGACUAUUAAGAACAAAUAUCCACUGCCAUGUAUAGAGGAUCUGUUUGAUCAGCUCAAGAAUACUUGUGUGUAUUCAAAGAUUGAUCUGUGCUCUGGCUAUCAUCAGCUCAGUGUGAGGGAUUCAGAUAUACAGAAGACAGAUUUCCGUACUCGUUAUGGACACUAUGAGUUCUUGUCACCCAUCGUAGAGAGGAUUAAAGAAGCUCAGGCUACAGAUCAACAUCUGCAGUUUUUGUGUAGCAGAAUUACCCCAGAACAGCAGACAGAGUUUUCUUACGAUGGAAAUGGAAUUCUAUACUUCCGGGGGAGAUUGUGUGUUCUUGAGCUACCUUCUUUGAAGGAGGACCUACUUCAGGAGGCACACCGAUCCAGAUUUGCGAUUCAUCCUGGUGGUACACUAUCCCCUACGAAAGGAGUAAAAAGGUUUGGGCUGAAGGGUAAAUUGGCACCUCGCUACAUUGGACCCUUCCAGAUUCUCGAGAGGAUAUGUGAGGUAGCGUAUCGACUGGUGCUACCACCAUCACUUACUGGGGUGCAUGAUGUAUUCCAUGUAUCUAUGUUGAGGAGAUAUGUACCACACCCUUCGCAUAUUCUCACUGAUGUAUCAGUUGUACUCCAGCCGGAUAUAUCUUAUGAGGAGAUUCCAGUUCGGAUUUUGGACCGCAAAGAGCGCCAUUUGUGGAACAAGACAAUUCGACUGGUCAAGGUCGGAUGGUGGCAUCACUAA